AAGAGGUUUUUUUUUUAAUUAUUUUUGCCGGGUCUCGCCGCGAAGACGCCAUCGGAGGCAGGCAGCCCGGUCCAGCCCACCAAGCAGGUGAGGGGCGGAGAUGGAGGAGACGGCGGCGGCGGCGGCGGAGAAGGCGACGUCGUACAGUUACUGGGUGCGGGAGGCCACGGGCGACGCCGCGCCGCUUCCUGCGCCACGCAAGAUCGACGCCGCCGACCUCGCCGCCAAGCCCGCGCCCACCACCCUCGGCUCCGUCUGGAACAAGGCUGGAACCUGGGAGGAAAAGAACCUCAAUUCAUGGGCCAACGGUAGGAUAAAGGAUUUGCUGGGCUCAUUAGACCCUUUGGAAUUUUCUACUGGGAAGGCAUCUGUUUACGAAGUAUCCAAGUGUUCAGGCGAUGCAUUUCUGGUCACUGUCCGUAAUAAGAAGAGAGUAGGCUAUACUUAUGAGCUGGGCUUAAAAUUUAAAGGUGAAUGGUUAAUUAAGGAAGAAAACAAGAAGGUGAAAGGCUAUCUGGACAUUCCAGAAUUUUCAUUUGGUGAACUUGAAGACUUAGAGGUGCAAAUAAGUUUUACCGACAUCAAGGACCUCUCGUCCGACAACAAGGCACAAAUCAGCAAGGAUUUGAAGUCGUUUCUUGCACCGAUCCGGGAGAAACUGCGCAAGUUUGAAGAAGAGCUCAAGGAUAGAUAGCAAAGCUGCAAACUUGGUUGGAAGCAUCACGUAUCAAAAGAUGAUGGCUUAAUCUAUAGCCAUUUCACGUAUCAAAAGACUGCUUCAGACGUUUACUGCUAAAAGUUUGUUCCAAUACUUGCUGCAAUAUGCACCGUGUUUGUUUCAUUGCCGAUACAUUCAUACUUGUGCCACUGUUGAACUUACAAGACCAAUUGAGCAGAAAUUUUCUGAAGCUAUAUUCCUGUCAGUUCUGUAGUUUGUAUUCAGGUAGCCAGGCCCAUGGGCCACAACUCGAAACAGGUUUCGGCCCAAUCGGCUUGUAUAUCUGAUUCAGUAGCACUGUGGCAAUUCACCAAUCAGAACUCAGAAAUUCAGAACUGAACAGUUUGUUUUCCAUA